GGGGGGCCGGGAUAAUCAUGGGUCAAACCGGAAAAAAAUCUGAGAAGGGACCAAUUUGUUGGCGAAAACGUGUGAAAUCAGAAUAUAUGAGACUGAGGCAGCUCAAGAGGUUCCGACGUGCAGAUGAAGUAAAGAGUAUGUUUAAUUCUAAUCGUCAGAAGAUACUGGAAAGAACUGAAAUCUUAAAUCAAGAAUGGAAACAACGUAGGAUACAGCCUGUUCACAUCAUGACUUCUGUGAGCUCAUUGCGCGGGACCAGGGAGUGCUCUGUUACCAGUGACAUAGAUUUUCCAAAACAAGUCAUCCCACUGAAGACUCUCAAUGCUGUUGCUUCUGUGCCUAUAAUGUAUUCUUGGUCUCCCCUUCAACAGAAUUUUAUGGUAGAGGAUGAAACUGUUUUACAUAACAUUCCAUAUAUGGGAGAUGAAGUGCUUGACCAGGAUGGUACCUUUAUUGAAGAACUGAUCAAGAACUAUGAUGGGAAAGUGCAUGGAGACAGAGAAUGUGGAUUUAUCAAUGAUGAAAUAUUUGUUGAGCUGGUCAAUGCACUUGGUCAAUAUAGUGAUGAUGAAGAUGAUGAUGAUGGAGAUGACAAUCCUGAUGAAAGAGAUGACAAGCAAAAAGAUCGGGAAGGUAACAGGAUGGAGAAAGAAAGCCAUCCACCUCGAAGAUUUCCUUCUGACAAGAUAUUUGAAGCCAUUUCCUCAAUGUUUCCAGACAAGGGUACGGCGGAAGAAUUGAAAGAGAAAUACAAAGAACUCACUGAGCAGCAGCUUCCCGGAGCUCUUCCUCCUGAAUGCACACCAAACAUAGAUGGACCAAAUGCUAAAUCUGUUCAGAGGGAGCAAAGCCUGCACUCUUUUCACACACUCUUCUGUAGGCGCUGUUUUAAAUAUGAUUGCUUCUUACAUCCAUUCCACGCAACUCCUAAUACUUACAAACGAAAGAAUACAGAAACAGCAUUAGAUAAUAAGCCUUGUGGACCGCACUGUUAUCAACAUCUGGAAGGUGCAAAGGAGUUUGCAGCUGCCUUGACUGCUGAGCGUAUAAAGACACCACCAAAGCGCCCAGGUGGCCGCCGAAGGGGAAGACUUCCAAACAACACCAGCAGACCCAGCACGCCGACAAUAAAUGUAUUGGAAUCAAAAGAUACAGAUAGUGAUAGAGAAGCUGGAACUGAAACUGGAGGAGAAAACAAUGAUAAAGAAGAAGAAGAAAAGAAAGAUGAAACAUCGAGUUCCUCUGAAGCAAAUUCUCGGUGUCAAACACCGAUAAAGAUGAAGCCAAAUAUUGAGCCUCCGGAGAAUGUGGAAUGGAGUGGUGCAGAAGCCUCAAUGUUUAGAGUUCUUAUUGGCACCUACUAUGACAACUUCUGUGCAAUUGCCAGACUGAUUGGGACCAAAACGUGCAGGCAGGUGUAUGAGUUUAGAGUAAAGGAAUCUAGUAUUAUUGCUCCAGUCCCUGCUGAAGAUGUUGAUACUCCUCCCAGAAAGAAGAAAAGGAAACACAGGUUGUGGGCUGCUCAUUGCAGAAAGAUACAGCUGAAAAAGGAUGGCUCAUCGAAUCAUGUUUACAACUAUCAGCCAUGUGAUCAUCCACGUCAGCCUUGUGAUAGCUCAUGCCCAUGUGUAAUUGCUCAAAACUUCUGUGAGAAGUUUUGUCAGUGCAGCUCAGAAUGCCAAAACAGGUUCCCUGGAUGUCGUUGUAAAGCACAAUGCAACACUAAGCAGUGUCCGUGUUACCUAGCUGUACGCGAAUGUGAUCCCGACCUCUGCCUAACGUGUGGAGCAGCCGACCACUGGGACAGCAAAAAUGUUUCUUGCAAGAACUGCAGCAUUCAGAGAGGAUCCAAAAAACACUUGCUAUUGGCACCUUCAGAUGUGGCAGGCUGGGGAAUUUUCAUCAAAGAUCCUGUACAGAAGAACGAAUUCAUCUCUGAAUACUGUGGUGAGAUUAUUUCUCAGGAUGAGGCAGACAGAAGAGGAAAAGUAUACGACAAAUACAUGUGCAGCUUUCUGUUUAACUUGAAUAAUGAUUUUGUGGUGGAUGCAACACGCAAGGGCAACAAAAUUAGAUUUGCAAACCAUUCGGUAAAUCCCAACUGCUAUGCAAAAGUUAUGAUGGUUAAUGGUGAUCACAGAAUAGGAAUAUUUGCUAAAAGAGCCAUUCAGACUGGUGAGGAACUGUUCUUUGACUACAGAUACAGCCAAGCUGAUGCCCUGAAGUACGUGGGCAUUGAAAGAGAAAUGGAAAUCCCUUGACACCAGCUACCUCUUCUUUUAAACAAACAGCUGCCUUAUCUUCAGGAAUCUCUAGUACUGUGGGCAAUUUUAGAAAAAUAAAAAUGAUGCAAUUUGAAAUUCUGUAUUUGCAAAGUACUGUAACAGUAAUUUAUAGUAACAAAUUUAAAAAAAAAA